AUGGCUGUUUCAUCCAUUGUGAGCAUUUUUGCAGCGGAGAAAAGCUAUUCCAUUCCACCAGUGUGUAAACUCCUUGCCUCUCCAGUGCUGAAUCCUCUGUACGAUGCAAAGGCCGAGUCUCAGAUCAAUGCGUGGUGCGCCGAGUUUCUGAAGUUGCAACCUGGAAGCGAGAAAGCUGUCUUUGUUCAAGAAAGCAGGCUUGGAUUGCUCCCGGCUUAUGGUUACCCCAGCAUUCCAUACGAGAAGAUUGUUCCGGUUGCAAAGUUCUUCGCUUGGUACUUUCAUGCAGAUGACAUUCUGGAUAGCCCGGAGAUCUCCUCGUCGGACAUGAGGAAUGUGGCAACUGCAUACAAGAUGGUUUUAAAGGGAAAAUUCGACGAGGCCACGCUUCCAGUGAAAAAUCCGGAGCUGCUGAGGCAAAUGAAGAUGUUAUCUGAGGUCUUGGAAGAAUUGUCCCUCCAUGUAGUGGAUGAAUCAGGCCGAUUCGUGGAUGCUCUGACCAAGGUGAUCGACAUGUUUGAGAUUGAAUCGAGCUGGCUUCGCAAGCAAAUCAUUCCCAACUUGGAUACAUACCUCUGGCUGAGAGAGAUCACAUCUGGUGUGGCUCCUUGCUUUGCUCUGAUUGAUGGUUUGCUGCAACUUAGGCUGGAGGAGCGUGGCGUGCUGGAUCAUCCUCUCAUACGCAAGGUUGAGGAGAUUGGGACGCACCACAUUGCGCUCCACAAUGACAUGAUCUCGUUCAGGAAGGAGUGGGCGAAAGGAUACUACCUCAACGCCGUGCCCAUUCUCGCCAGCAAUUGUAAGUGUGGCUUGAACGAGGCAAUUGGCAAGGUUGCGAGCAUGGUGGAGGAUUUGGAGAAGGAUUUCGCCCAGACAAAGCAUGAGAUCGUUUCAAGUGGGCUUGCCAUGAAGCAAGGAGUCAUGGACUAUGUGGACGGGAUAGAGGUGUGGAUGGCCGGAAGCGUAGAAUGGGCAUGGACGAGCGCUAGAUACCAUGGAAUUGGGUGGAUCCCUCCUCCAGAAAAAUCAGCGACCUUCCAACUCUAGAUUGUUGCUCAAAUAGUAAAUAAUAAUUUCUCUCAUGGAGUGUUUUAGAAAUUCAUAUCUAAGCAGUGUUUUCGUCCUGAACAAGCAAAUUGAAAUGCACGG